GGCACUAAUGUCGAAGGUGUUAUCCUAGUAUUCACAGUGGCUGCAGCUCAGGCCGGAAACCCAGGUAUCAUGGAAAAUACUUCAUUUGUUCCUAAUCCACUGACUUCUCCGGCUCUGAUGGUGUUGGCAUCAACAGCUGAAAAUCAUGAGGGGGCGCGGAUGCCCGCUCCACCCCACCACUACCAAGGACAAAAUGUGGACAAAGACUUGGCGACACCUUUUGGCACCCCUCCCUUUACCAUGUACAGACCGGGGGAACACUUCCCCCCUCCUAUGUACACACCUGUCCCCCCUUAUGUACGUGCCAACCUGGAGCGCGGGAUGGGGCUGAUUAACCCCGGGGGUGGGAGCGCAUUUAGGCCUGUCAGUAACCCCGAAGGAGUUGAGAACUAUCAUUCUGCGUUUUCUUUGGCUAAAAAACCCAAACUUGAUGAGUCCAGCUCUAGUUAUGCCUCGUCAGAGAAGUUGGACAGAGACAGUUGUGAUCCUCUCCAUGAGGGUGCGGAAAGUAAGGGAUCCACACCCUUUGUUAAGGAAGAACGUCCUUCUAGCAUCAGCUCUGCCACCAACUCAGAAAAUUUCUCGGAUGGGGGAGACUUUGAUAGGGGAACCCCGGAUUCGGAAGGAAGAUCUCUUAGAA